GGAAAAUUGACAGAAAAGGACUUAAAGCCUCUGGUUUCAAAGAUAACAGAAAGAAUGAGCUCUUGGGCCUCAAAACAUUUUUCUUUUGCUGGUAGACUACAGCUUAUCUCUUCUGUCAUCCAGGGAAUAACGACUUUUUGGUGUUCUACCUUCAUAUUACCAAAGAAGGUUAUAAAGGAGGUUGAAAGGUUAUGUGCUGCAUUUUUAUGGCAAAGCUCAACUGAGUCUACAAGAGGGGCUAAAGUGAAUUGGCUGUCAUUGUGUCACCCUAAGCAGGAGGGUGGUCUGGGUUUGAGGAGUCUGAUGCAUUGGAAUGUAGCAUGGCCUCUAGUUGAAAAUUUUGGUGCACAAAUUGUCCAAGAUUCUGGGUUUUCUUCCCAAGCCAAGCUGGAGGUAGUGGUUAAUGGUAAUUUUUGGAAAUGGCCACCAGCUCGCUCACCUCAAUUGCUGGACAUUCAAAUUGUUUUAUGUGACAGACUAUAUCCUAAGGAAAGGGACAAGGAUAUUGUUAUAUGGAUCCCUUCAGCUUCAAGGACAUACACUGCAGGGAGAACAUGGCACUGGAUCAGAAGUAAGCAGUCCAGCGUUCCUUGGCAUAGGCUGGUUUGGUUUUCUCGGCAAAUACCAAAACAUAGCUUUAUUAGUUGGCUAGCCAUAUUGGACAGGUUAACAACCAAAGCAAGGCAGAAGAAAUGGUCCCCUAACAUAGAUGACACUUGUGUUCUAUGCAACAAUGGAUCAGAAACUGUUGAGCACCUUUUCUUUAAGUGUAGUUAUGCAAAAUGUGUGUGGAAGCGUUUGAGUGUCAUGUCUGAAAUUCCUUAUCUGGAUUCUUGGCAACAGCUUGUGUUAUGGAUGGGGAAACGAAUAAGAAAAAAGUCUUUGUAUCAAACACUUAUCAAGUUAAUGUGAAAUGCUGCAGUCUACCAUGUUUGGAUGGAAAGGAACAGGAGAAUCCACCAACAUGUCUACAAGACAACCCACCAACAUGUCUAUAAGACAACAGAUGUAGUGUGUGAAGAGAUUUGUUUUGACGUGAGACACAAAAUUUUGGAAAAUGCUAGGCCUUUUUCCUCUAUUUUAAGUGCAUCAAUUGCUUUA